CACAUUUUCCCUCGAGAGACAGAAAGUGGGACAGGGACUGACCAACACUCUCACGAGGAAACCAACAGUUGUGAUAACUUGUGGUGGAUUUCAAGGUUUCUCGUACAUAGUAUACGAGAAAUUCUAGUAAAUUCGAGGAACUGCUAGGAGAGAUUUCAAGUUGAAGGCCUCGUUCGGCUUCCCACCUGCAUCGUCCUCGGAAAUCGGUAGCAUCAUAUCAUGCGUGCACCGUGGAGAUGAGUUACGGUCCGAAGAAUAAGCCAUCUUCUGAAUCACCUCACAUGUGCUCUUCAAUUUACCGAAGCUUCACGCUUCGAAUUAAAAGCCCCGCGAACGAUAAUCUGCGGCCAGGGAAGAGCUUCUUUGGGCUUCGACGGCCCGAGAAAAAUAGAGUCGAGGAGAAUUGAAGCAGUGACUUGUGGUCCAAGUGAGUCACCGCAUCUGCACCAAAGUUGCGGUCAGUGCUGCGCUAGGAUCAAUCGUCCAUUACGGUGAGACGCUGAAUCAUCGAUGGACUCUGCUCGGGAUAAAAAUCCACAUGGAGUCGAGUUGAAGGAUGCUGCAGCUUUUCAAAGCAUAGCAGAAAAUGGUCUUAUCUCUAUAUGCGGAUUUGGCUCUUUACUAUCAGAGAGGAGUGCGCGAUACACCUUUCCCGAGCUAAUGAAUUUCAGGGUAGCUGUCUUGCACGGAUUUAGACGAGUUUUCGCACAUGUGGCCCCAGUUUUUCUAGAGAGGGGCAUUGCCGAUGUCGAGACGAAGGAAAUGUCGAGUCUCAGCGUUGAGCCUUUUCCAGGUGAAUCCAUCGUAGUCACAGUGUUCGAAAUUGCUGAACAUGAGGUUCCCCUUUUCAUUGAGAGAGAACACGAAUUUCGUUUUCUUGCGGUUACAGUUCACACUCUCGAAGGAGAUGUUUCUGCUCCGAAGGCGGUGAUAUGUGCCAGGUUUAGCGAUGAGGAGUACCGUCGUGAUCGAUGUCAAGAUGAAAAGGAGUAUAACAGGCGAUAUGGAAAAUGGUCCAUCGAGCAAAUCUGGCGCGAUGAUAUCUUGCCUUGCAGGGCUUAUUUGAGACACUGUGUACUUGCAGCUAAAAACUUGAGUCAAGCCGCAUAUGAAAGUUUUUUAGACCACACUUAUCUCGGUGACCGCACUACAACUAUACGACAACAUCUGGCGUCCAAUGAAAGAAUCAUGCAGGAGGAGCCUCCUCUUGCUCUACGAGAGCGCUACGGCGGAUGAGUGAUGUGUUAUCAGUGCUAUUCUGAAAACCAGAAAUUGGAAGGCUGUUUGUUUAUCCUGAUUUGGUGAAGAAGUUAUGAUGAACUGACUGGAAUAGUCUCUGAAAAUCGAAGAGGUGGUGAUUGAAGUGAAGUUCGGUGAAACAAGUUGCUGAUUUUCUUUGGGAUUACUACGAACGUGCAUUCUCAUCAUUGUAAGAUAUGAUAGCAGUAAUAAGCAUCAAUCAAAUUCAAUGCACUCCUUUGGCCAUGGAGACCUGAGUGUGCUGGCCCAGAGGAAAUGCAACGAGGUCCUCCUCUUUUCAUUUGCACCCGAUGGAUACCUUAAUUUGGACACCAAGUAUUGGUAGCAACAUAGCUGUAGUCCCGCUCACCAAGCCUUUUCUGGCGGCUGCAACAACGUCGAUAGCUAUCUUACCGAAGUGAAAGUCCAGGAGCUGACGACACCUACUUCAGAUUCAGACUCCGGCAAACCUACUCCUCGAACUACACCAUUGGAACACCAGGACAUAACGAUGUGCAAACUUCAAGGACUCCGAAAGCAUGACUUACGACAUUGGUCUUUCUGGAACCUUCGUGAAGAGAUAAUCGGCUCCUCAGCUAUCAAUUGUUUCUACAUGACGGUGUUGUCUGCCCGUGAAUAUGUAUUGGCCUAAAUAACCAUUUACUAAUCUCAGUUGAUAGUCCAAGCUGCCAAGUUACUCUACUUUAGAAAAUACUUAGACGGUUUGAUUCACUUCAGUCAAAAAUACCUCGGUCCGGCAGAAAAAGAUCGUAGCCUCGCUCACUAUGCAUUUGAAAAGCUCUUUCAACAAUAAAUCGU